CCGAUUGAUCCCAGACCUUCCAAGUUGCAACUGCCUUGUUGGCCCGGGCAUCGAAUCACGACGCUUGUAUUAACAAAGCAGACGAGCAACCCCCAAAACGAAAUUGUAUGCCAAGGAGCAGCGACACUCUGGCCCACGCCCAGCUAUCUAGCACCUGCAACUUCGGUAGCUUCGAAGCCCUGCUCACGUGCAACAAACUGCUACGCGAAUUGGGAAAGGUACAAACUCACUUAGGAAUCUGGUCUAUCCGGCAAGUGACAUAUCAUUUUCGAGAUGGCGCGACACUACCCCCUUGACGGCCUCAACCUCGACUUCGGUCGAUACGAGCAUCGAGACUUGGGACCACAGGACAUGAUGGUCAAUCGGAUCAUGGAGAACUACAUGUUUCCCGGCAAGGUGAAAGGCCGAGUGCUACGCCAGAAAAUCGAUAGCAACUUCACUUUCGGGCCGAUCAAAACCCAGGACCGAGAACUUGGCCUCGACAUGCAAGUAAUGUGGCGGAUGCUCGCAACUGAAUGGGACAUGACCUUGCACCACGUCCCGGGCAUGUGCAAUCUUUUGUUGCAUGGCGACAUUACUACACGGUGGACAAAGAUAUCGUCAAAGAACUACUGGGUCAAAAAGUUCUGGAACGGGAGAUUCGUUUGGAAAGACAAACGCCCGUACCAUUGGCCCCUUCUCGAGAACAUGGUCCUCGGCCUUGUUCAGCGCCACUACCUUGAAGUUGAGCCCUCAUCAAGACUGUAUGGGGCGCAUGCUCGGAAGCUUUGCCAACAUGGAGCUGGCCCCCCUGAAGCACCUGGAUGGAAGAACGAGAUGAUAGAGCAUCUAAAAUCCUAUAGAGUGUCUGCCAAGAGGCAAUGGACGCAUUCUUUAUUCUCAGGCACCUCUUGGUAUCCGCCUUGCGACAACCCUGCAGAGUGGUGGUUCAUCUCCAUUGAUCCUAUAUUCUUCAGCCUUCCUUUGAAGGACCUCAAGGCGCGCUUGCGAGAGAUUCGCCCAAAAUCCUAUCGGAAGCGUCAAAAAUCCACUAAAAUAGGUGAGCUGCACGACAUCGAGUGUCUCACCCGUGGAAGGCCACAACGAACCGCCAGCAUGCCCCCUCCGGGGAGCUGGGCCACUGCCAGUUUCCUCGGCGACGAUCCAGGAGAAGAAAUGGGUUACUGGAUCAUUUACUUCCCGCGUCGGCGGAUAUCGGAGCUCGAUAAGAUGGCACGCCGAAGAAGUCUGAGUCGAUCUCAUAUCAGAGCCAUGUUCAGAGACAAGUUGCCACGGAGGUCGGAUCAAUAUGGGAAUCUGUCUAACAACAAAUCAGGGGGGCCAUGCGCCAAUUGUGCCCAGCGCACUCACCGGACGCUGACGUGUCCCUAUCAAUGCGGCCACUGCGACAAAGAAGGCCACCAGGCUCCGGCAUGUCCGGUGAAGGCGUCCAACCGGUGCAAAUGCCGGCCAUUCCCUGAGUUGCACGUCGUGGCUGAGUGCAAGAUUCGUUGCAGUCGCCGCUGUGGUAAUUCGUAUCCUCCUGGCCACCAUAAGCAUUUAAAUGCAAUGACCUGUACAUAUCGCUGUUGUAUGUGUGGUCUGCAGGGGCAUUCUGGAAAGGAGUGCAGGUGUAAGACUUGUCGCUGUGGCGGGCGCCACCUGGGGCAGGGCUGUCGGUGGAAGGUAGAGUGUCGGGUUGAGGGCUGCGAUCGGUAUCUAUGUGGUCUACACUGCAGCGAGUGUGGCACGAAGCGGAACAAAUCGUCUAAUUUCGUGGGUGGGAGAUGCCAGGAUUGCCUGGGAAACGGUCAUCCGGUAGCGCCAACGGCGGAUCGAAAUCGCGAUCUAUGAAGAAUCUAUGUCAUAUCAAGGCAUAUAGAGGAGCAUAGUUGGCCAAUGUAUUAUAGGGCUGAUUCCCCAGCAUCUAGUCAAAAAGCAAACCCAACGGGAGUCAAGGGGGGCUAUAUAGUAUGAUUAUUAUUACAAAAUAG